AUGGCUUCCAAUCUCACCACCAUCGAAGACGGCGAUGGUCAAGAGUUCAUUAUCGAAGUCAAAGUUCGACCAAACCAACACCAACUCCGCCGAAUCCAAAGCCCGUCUCACGCAGAAGAACCUUCUACGCAGAAUGGACCAGAUACACUCAACACCCUAUCACGAAACCCAUGGAGAAGCACUGUGAUUGAUCGUCCCGACUCCAUCUAUGAACCCCCAUCAAGAGACUCGGUCCGGCGCAGCCUGAACAGAAAUGCCAGCACCACCAGUCGGCUGAGCAAGCGCAUGAGCCGCGCGAGCGACACCUUUUACGCCGCUGUAGAAUACAACACCGACGAGCCUCCACAGCAACCGACCAAGUAUGGAAUGCACUUCUACCUCAUUCUCUUCGCGCUAAGCAUCACCAACGUACUCGUUGCGCUCGAAGGCACCGUCACUUCCACCGCCUUACCCACUAUCGUUCGCGCCCUCGGAGGUGGCUCGUCGUACGUCUGGGCUUCGUCCGGAUACUUCCUUGCGUCUACUGUACUGCAGCCGCUGUACGGACAGAUGGCAGAUAUCUUCGGACGGCGGAUCCUCAUCAUCUUUGCCGUGUGCGCCUUCAUCCUUGGGAGCGGCAUUUCAGGAGGCGCUCCAAGCAUGGAAAUCUUGAUUUUCGGAAGAGUCGUCCAAGGAGUUGGUGGUGGAGGCAUCAACAUGUUGGUCAACCUAAUCGUGUGCGACCUCGUGCCUCUACGAGAUCGUGGGAAGUUCAUGGCUGUGAUCUUUUCUGCCAUCUCCGUCGGCACUGGCUUGGGUCCUUUCCUGGGUGGCGUUAUUGUGCAGUCGACUACUUGGCGAUGGGUAUUCUACCUGAACAUACCCGUCGGCGCGGUCUCGUUGGUCCUCCUAAUUUUAUUCCUCAAGGUCAAAGCGCCAACAGAAAAGACAACGUGGCCCGAGAAGCUGGCGAGGAUAGACCUAGCAGGCAACGUGAUUUUUGUCACUGGUGUCUCCUUCAUUUUGGUAGCGCUAGCCUAUGCUGGAACUUUGUGGCCAUGGAAGAGCUACAAUACCAUCGUCACGCUUCUUUUCGGCUUCUCCGCCAUUGUCGUCUUCUUAUUUUACGAGGAGAGCAGCUACUGCUUGCAUCCCACGAUGCCGCUUCGGCUUUUCAGGAAUCGCACUUCGGCCACUGCUUUCGUAAUCACUUUCAUCCACUCGCUCCUCACUCUUUUGGUCAUUUACUUUCUCCCCGUCUACUUCCAGGCCGUCCUUCUCUCUUCGCCCACUCGAUCUGGAGUCCAAAUGCUCCCGACUGUCAUCGUCCUAGUCCCUUUCUCUGCAAUCUCAGGCGCGCUUCUCUCAAAGCUUGGUCGAUACAAGCCGUUCCAUCUUGCCGGCUUCUCAGUCAUGACAGUCGGACUCGGCUGCUUCAUUACUUUGAGCGCUCGAAGCCCAACAGUUGCUUGGAUCAUGGUCCAGUUCGUAGUGGCCCUCGGAUCUGGCUUCGUACUCAGCACCCUCCUCCCGGCUGCCCAAGCUCAACUCGAUGACAAGGACACAGCUGCCGCAACAGCCACUUGGGCGUUUGUGCGGCAAUUUGGCGUGGUAUGGGGAGUAUCAGUCCCCGCGGCAAUAUUCAACAGUCAGAUCGAGCACCUCUUGCCACGCAUCGACGAUGCAGGAGUGCGGGCUACGCUUGCCGGAGGUGCGGCGUACGACCACGGAACGAAAGAGUUCAUUUCUGGGUUCUCAAAUCCUCUCAGAGGUCAGAUUAUUUCAAUGUACUCAGACAGUUUGAAGAUUGUGUGGAUCUUUGCGACAGCGAUGGCCGGGCUUGGGUUUUUACUUGUGUUUCUGGAGAAGGAGGUGAAGUUGAGGACACAACAGAAGACGGAGUAUGGUCUUGAUGAGUGA